AUGGCGCGCCGAAAACAGAUCGCUCCCAUGCAACGCAUCAAUUCUGGCGAGAUUAUGCGUACCCCCUCAGACGAACCCGAGAAAAGCGCAGUCUACCACAAUGGACAUGUCGCGAAGACCGCCGCCUCAAGGAAGAGGGCGCAUUCCCAGACCCAGCAAUCACAUCCCGGGCUUCUGGCCCUCAUCAUUUGUGUCUCCGGGAUCUAUGCCUCCUUCCUGACCUGGGGACUACUUCAAGAGCGCAUAACGACCACACCGUACCCUGCCGACGACUCUGCGCAGGCGCAACAAGAAUACUUUCGCUUCCCUAUCGUGCUUAACACGAUCCAGGCUCUUUUCGCAUUCACAAGCGGAAGCCUGUAUCUGCUUUACAAGACUAGGUCCUUCAGGAUCCUGCCCUCAACCGCCGCCCUCGGACCGCUGCUCCUGGUAACACUGACCACUACCCUCGCUUCGCCCUUCGGCUAUGCCUCGCUCGCACACGUCGACUACCUCACCUUCGUCCUCGCCAAAUCCUGCAAGCUCCUCCCGGUCAUGGCCUUGCACGUCACGCUAUUCCGGAGGCAUUACCCCCUCUCGAAAUAUAUGGUCGUGCUUGCUGUCACCAGCGGCGUUGCAUUGUUCACACUCUACCACCCCCCAAAGCCGGGCAAGGAGCGAAGGACACAAUCCUCAAGCACGUACGGCCUGACACUGCUAGGAAUAAAUUUACUCCUUGAUGGUCUCACAAACACCGUGCAAGAUCAUAUCUUUCAGUCUCCACACCGCUACGGGAAGACUUCCGGGCCUCAGAUGAUGGUUGUAUUGAAUUUACUUGGGACGCUGCUCAUGACCGUGUAUCUUGUCGUGACACCAUAUCUUCCUGAAUCGCUGCUUCCUGCCUUCGCGCAGCCAAAUGAAACCCAUGAACUGGCCAACGCCCUGUCCUUUUUCGCCCGUCAUCCCGCAGUGUUUCACGACGUUCUUGGUUUUGCGGCGUGCGGUGCCAUUGGGCAGCUCUUUAUCUAUGCGACUCUUGAACGAUUCUCGAGCUUGCUUCUCGUCACAGUAACAGUGACGCGCAAGAUGCUUACCAUGGUUCUCAGCGUUGUUUGGUUCGGAAAAAGCAUCAGCCAUGGACAGUGGAUCGGCGUGGCUCUUGUGUUUGGCGGAAUUGCCGCCGAGGCGUAUAUACAGCACAGAGAGAAAAGGGAGAAAGAACAGCGGAAGCGGCAACUAGAGAGUCAAAAAAAAACAUAG